AUGGCAAGCAUAGAGAGUGCUACGUUAAAUAGAANUGGUGAAGAAAUUAUAGAAACACCUGAUGAAUUUCUCAUAAAAGAAUCAAUAAAUCCAAUUGCAUCAAUAGUGGAUAGUACGUAUCCUUCAUUAUUAAGCAAUAUUCAUGAUUUGCAAUACCUACAAGAAAGAGCGAUUCUUGCUCCUACUCUUGAAAUUGUGGAUGCUGUGAAUGAAUACGUGCUUUCAUUGCUUCAUGGUGAAGAAAAAGUUUAUUUGAGCUCUGACAGUGUUUGUAAGACGGAUGUAGGCUUAGAUGGUCUUGAGGAUGUAUAUACACCUGAUUUCUUAAACAGUAUUAAAUGUUCAGGAGUUCCCAAUCACAUGCUCAAACUAAAGCAAGGUGCUCCUGUGAUGUUAUUGAGAAAUAUAGACAAGUCUUCAGGUUUAUGCAAUGGAACCAGAUUAGUGAUCACUCAAUUAGGAAAACACAUACUAGAAGCAAAAGUGAUCUCUGGGAGCAAUAUUGGGGAGAAGGUGUUUAUACCCCGUAUGGUGAUUACUCCAUCAGACUCCAAGUUACCUUUUAAAAUGCAACGAAGGCAAUUUUCGUUGGCUGUUUGUUUUGCUAUGACAAUAAACAAUAGUUAAGGUCAAUCGUUAUCACAUGUUGGAUUGUACCUACCUAGACCGAUAUUCAGUCAUGGUCAGUUAUAUGUUGCAAUAUCUAGAAUUCGAAGCAAAACGGAUUGAAAAUUCUAAUUUGUGAUAGAGAUGGUUUAUUAUCCAAAACCACAAGCAAUGUGGUUUUUAAAGAAGUGUUUCAGAACAUAAAAUAGAUGGGCGAUUUAUUUUUCUUCAAGUUAUCAAAAUUUAUAAUUUUUCAACAAUUCAACUCUGUCAUUUUAUUUUUUAAAUAAAUUUAGAUCUUUUUUUGAAAAAAUUCACUAAUAUU